CCCACCCCAUCCAACGGCGGCCGCCCGCUCCCCUCCCAUCCACGUGCCCACCGCGUCCGCCUCCCUCACGGUCACGGCCCACGGGCCGCCGCUCCCCACCUCGCCGCCCGUCCGCUCCCCUCUUUUAUUCCCCUCCCCCCUCGUCGCCAGCCGCCCCCGACUCGCAUCCAUCCAUCAUCUCCAGCCACCGAGAGGGGAAAUUAGUCCAGACUUUUAGGGUUUCCUGAGAGAGAGAGAUCUGGGAGGGGGAGCCAUGGACGGGAAGCUGCCGCCGCCCAACCCCAACCUCCCGUACCGGGAGGACUGCUGGAGCGAGGGCGAGACGGCCGCCCUCGUCGACGCCUGGGGGUCGCGAUACAUCGACCUCAACCGCGGCAGCCUCCGCCAGCCGCAGUGGCGCGAGGUCGCCGACGCCGUCAACACCCGCCCGGGGGCCUCCGCGCGCCGCCGGCCCCCGCGCACCGACAUCCAGUGCAAGAACCGGGUCGAUACCCUCAAGAAGAAGUACAAGGCGGAGCGGGCGCGGGGCGGGCCCUCCCCCUGGCCCUUCUACCGCCAGCUCGACGUCCUCGUCGGCCCGACCCUCUCGGCCGCCGCCGCCGCCAAGAAGCCCUCCCCGCCCCGCGCGCUUCCCAUGCUGCGGAGGCGCAUGUCGCCCUCUCGCUCCCCGUCGCCGCCCUCGCCGGCGCCGCCGAUGGCGCUCCCCCUGCCCAACUACCGCCGCGGGUCCAACCUCCCGGCCGCUGACCUCUUCCAUAAGGCCGCUGCAGCUGCGGCCGCCGCGGAUUCCGACUCGGAUGAUGGCUACAAUAACAACAACUAUGACGACGACGAGGGCUCGCAGCAAUCGGCCUCGCGCUCAGUGUCGUCUCACUCUGGUGGUAACGGUCCUGUUCUUGGCGGUGGUGGGGGCGGCGGUGGCGGCAACAAAAGGAAGAGGGGCGGGACCGGAGGUUUUGGGGAGCUAGCGAUGGCAAUGGAGACAUUCGCUGAGAUGUAUGAGCGCAUGGAGGCUGCCAAGCAGAGGCAUGCAGAGGAGAUGGAGAAGCAGCGGAUCAAGUUCCUCAAGGAUCUGGAGCUCAAGCGGAUGCAGGCUUUCGUGGACAUGCAGCUUCAACUUUCGAGGGUAAAGCAAGCCAAGAACGGUACCUCAGAGAUGCUCAUGUCUCUUGCUGCACUGCCGUUCCUCAGCAACCCUGCUUACCUCUGAUAUAAGAGUUUAGAUUACUUGGAGUCAAGCAUGGUAUGGUGCUGCUCUUUGAUGAAGAUCAAUCUAGGUUCAUUGGUAGUUUGGUGUAUAGGCUCUGGAGUCCGGAUGUGUAAAACAGAUGCUUCUGCUCCAGCCAAGAGCUUUGGUGUCGCCUGCGUUUUCUGGACUAUAGCCGUUGACGUUUUGUCUCUUUUCUUCCGCUGGGAUGUUAACAGACAAUUUCGUUGUUUAGUUUUUGUUUCAGUUGACAUGAUUUACAAGGUCUGUAACAGAAAAUACUGAAUAUGAAUCAACUCAAGCCAGCUGCUUUGAAAUGUA